CUGAGUUUGUUCAGUUCCCCCCCUGCACUAUUCGUUGUCGCGUCCCCGUAGCAAAAGCCAGACUCCUCCUCCCCGAUCACGCCUUCAAACGAUAGCGCACCGGCGAGACCACAUCGAUACUCCCCGCAACAGUGGAUCGCAAACCAAAAUUACCAAUAUGAGACUGCAAUUCAGCCUCUUGGCCGUCGGCGCUCUGUCGGCGAUCCUGGACCACAGCGUCGUUUCCGCCCUCUCCGUCGACAGCAAGAGCCUCCGAACGUCCCAGAACCGACUCUUUCAGCCCCAUGCCGGCAUCGCGCCCUCGACCUUGAGCCAGAAGGCCGUCACAAAGGCCUCGGGAAGCAGCAGCCAAUUUAUGAAUUAUGCCACCGUGCGAGAGCCCAUUCGAAUGCCCAGCACGACCCCGAUGGUGCCAUGGAAGGUACGUUCCACGACGCACGUCCAGCGGCGGUUUCGGCUCGCCGGGCGACGCCGGAGCCGGUGCCUUCCGGACCUGCACGAAUCGGACGCCGGAUGCCUUUUCUAUCGGGUAGAGGGAGGAAGAAACUUCGCUUGCAAACUACACUUGCAUACAUCAUCAUACAAACCCUAUCUGUCGUUCUGGUCUCUGCCCGUGUCUCACUUUUUCCGUUCUGUACACUCUUCUUCUCUCGAUCUUCUCCUCUCUAUCACAACCGUGCUUUUUACUGGACUCCACCCUGCUGUGUCUCAUCGAAACUGAAUGAUCGGUUUUGCUUUUUUAAAUCCAAACGUGAUCGUUGCGAUCUGAAAUUAUCUGUCGUCUUUGACUUACUGAUGGACUGUUUCUGGCCCUGAUUCACGGGAUACGUCAAAACGCAAAAAACAAACAAACGAACGACCGGUCGAUCGAUCGGUCGACCCAUACAUUGAACAAAAAACGCGAAUGGCGUUGCGAAUCUACCAUUGCAGCCUCCGAAUUCCGAUCGGGCACAAAUGGUGGACAUCAACUCCGCCAUGUACCGGGACGGAACCUUGAUGAUCUCCAGAUUCAUUGACGAGGAGGCGGCGAACGAAAUUAUCGCCAUCCUUCUGUGGAUGAGAAGCGAAUCUUCAAUCCCCAGCAUCUCUCUCUACUUCAACGUUCCAGGUGGGUUGUUGCGUCCGGCACUCGCCAUUUACGAUUUGAUCCAGCAGACCAAGGAACAGGGCGUCGAAAUCGAAACAUGCAACCUCGGACUCUGCACCGGCAUGGGAUCAUUCUUGUGUGCGGCGGGAACGAAAGGAAUGCGAAGAGCCAUGCCCAAUUCUCGGUUCUUGUUGCAGCGCAUGGGACUCGACAAACCGGUGCGGGGACAAGCGACCGAUAUUGUGCUGGAGGUGAAAAACAUCAAAAUGUGGAACGACCGGUGCGAAAAGGAGCUCGCCAAGCUGACGGGCCAGCCCGUGGAACGGAUCCAGGAGGACCUGAAGAGAGACUUUUACCUGAGCUCCGACGAGGCCGUUCAAUACGGAUUGAUAGACGAGGUGCUGAUGCCGGCUCCCGCGAGACGGGCCGCGAGCAAAGAGUUUGCCGCUCUGGGUGCCUUUGAGGGCGAGGAAGAACAAAAGUACCAGGGCCGAGAAGCCGCCGAGGGCGGUGGUUGGGGCAGCCAACAACAGGCAUCGCCGAACAAGAAAGACGACGACGACGAUGGUCCAAAGAUCGCAAAGGGAUAAGGAAGGAAAGUGGCGCGUCAAAGAGAAACGUCGCUAGAAUAGCAAGCUUAUUUCUAGAGGCGCCUUUUGUUGCAAAAUACUAUUGUGCUACCGAUGUAUUCUUCGAUCGUCUGCCCGUGCUUGGUGUUGAAACUGUGGGGAAUCACCCGAACAAAAUCACCGAGGCUGGUGUUGUAUUGAAACACGAUGCAUGUACAUUGGCCUGCGCUAUCAUACUUCGGUUCUUGGUUUAUAUUUAUGUAGUGCUGUAUCUAUUUCCUUGCGUGCAUACCAUUCACGGUUUUCGACCCCCUCAGUAUAGAGUGGCC